AUGACUACAGUGAGAGUAGCUCUUGCCGGGGCAAGCGGCAAUCUCGGCCCAGCCAUCCUCAACGCCCUCCUGUCAGAUCCCUCGUUCAUAGUGACCAUUCUCUCUCGAUCCGGCAAAAAGCCACUGGACGCGCGUGCCAAAGUCACCGAAGUCGACUUCCAGUCACUCGACUCACUGACAGCAGCACUGACAGGCCAAGACGUGGUGGUAAAUAUACUGGGCUCGGCGCCAGUAGAAGUCCAUCUUCGUCUCAUUGACGCCUGUCUCGCAGCAGGCGUGCAACGCAUCCUGCCUUCAGAAUUCGGCUCCGACACGACCAACCCCCUCGCGGCCAAGCUGCCGAUUUUCCAAACAAAAGUGGAUGUCCAGCGCCACUUGAAAGACAUCUGUCAGCGCACAGCGUCGCUGAGCUAUACUCUGCUGAUCAAUGGCCCAUUUCUGGACUUUGGUCUGCAGUCUGGACAUCUCUUAAAACUCUCCGGUGCAAACUCCGGGUCCGGUGUCGAGGUCUAUGAUGGCGGUCAUCAGAGAUUCAGCACCACCACGGUUUCAGGCGCGGCGAGGGCAGUCGUGAGCAUUUUGAAAAAUUUGGAAGCUACCCGGAACACGGUGGUGUAUGUGCGAGAGGCGGAUUUGACUCAGAGUCAGUUGUUGAAACUGGCUGGUCUGACUCUUCCCACGAUUAAUGUCCAGACUGGAGAGCUGGCGCUCGAGGGCUAUGCGGAGCUACAAAAAGAGCAUCCGGACUCAUCUCUCGUGAGAACACACUUCCUGAAACAAGCGGCCUUUGGAGAAGGGUUUGGGGGGUUGUUUGACCCACAGAAACUUGCCAAUGGGUUGCUUGGAGUAAAGGAACUGUCAGAAGAAGAUUUGGUUAAUUUGGUGGCCCGGUAUACUUGA